AUGUUAUACCACGCUACCGAGGAGUUUCGCAUAUUUCUUGUAGAACCUUUUCGAUUCGUGGAGGAUUCAUCGACCUUCCAGCCGUCUCCUGUGCCAACUGCUGAAAAGCCUGCAACCCUCGGGCAAAGCGGCGCCGAUCCAGAACUAGUUGCCUCAACUUCCUUGAGCGACAGCCAUCCGAGCAAUGAGAGCCCUCAGCCACACACAAUGCCCUCCCUCACGCCCCGCGUCCACCUUCCACAGCUGCGCAUGGAAGACAGAACACGUCGGGCAAGACACGACCACUACUUCGUCUGUCCGAAAUCCCCCAACGCCUUUUUCAUGGGUGACACCGGACAGUCCUCUCCAAUCUCGGUAUUCACGACUAACGACAAGCCAGACCUGCAACAGAGGUCGACUCAACGCAGCAAAAGUGUUUCAAGGCUGCCGGAGAGAAAGUUCAGCAACCACGGGACCUUCAACGGGAGCGCCGGAGUGGACGCGGUGCAAAGCAACGCUUCAAACGGUAGGAUGUACAGUCGUUCGUGCUUUCGCUACCGCAGCACCGAUAUUGACGUCGCCUUGGCGACAGCGACAGCUUCCCGUGAGAACCUAGCUGGGAGCCAUUUUGGUGAUGAUAGCAAGAAAAAAACGGCGGCGUCUCUGUUCGACCUUUCUGCCAAGAUCCAACCUCUGACAACGACCAAUCUCCAAUCCUUGAAUGGCAAAUCGACCAACUCUCUCCUCGAAACAGACAUCGACACUGGCAUGCAAAAUGGCCAGCAGAUCAUUCUUGAGACCGAUGUGGAUACGCUGAAUACGUAUAGGUUAGUGGGAGGCUUCACGGGUUCAGAACAGGGUACAAUUCAGUCUAACCAGGACAAAGCAUACAGCCUGUUUAAUCUCUCUUCCUACUCCAACUCGGGGCCGACUCGAGUACACCAAACAGAUGAGUUGCAACACGAAAGUCGAGCAGACGCCUACAAGCGCACACAAAGUUUGUCAGGAAUCGCCAAAUCUGGUGAUGGUCAGCGCUCCGAUCAGAAGGCCGGUGCGUCAGGUCUGAUCGCGCGAUUAAGGGCAAGAGCACGCUCGAAUCACGAACUGCGGGUCGCAGAAUCACUCACCAGAAUCCACGUUCCCGAGUGGCUGGAUAAGGCUGACCUGUCGCGACCGAUAUCCCCUCAGCGUCGUGAACCCUCGCCCUCUCCGACUCGUGAAAAGGCAGCGUUGCCACGCUACGGGACUUCGCUCCCGUCGACAACGCUCCUCCAGAGCACAAUUUCCACUUCUCUGGAUGCAAAGACGAAAGGAACCAAGACCGUGGAAACGGUGGCGAAGCCAACCUGGUCACCAGCUCCACAGAAAAGAAGCGACUUCAAGCGUCCACUCCGACCCAGUCAGAUCCUUCGCGAGCGCAACGCCUCGUCCGGCCCAAGACUAGUCCCAAUUAAAUCCUCGCUGCGAAGUUCCAUGCGAAGCCAGGUCAUCGGUGGGACCAACGACGCAUCGAUUGACCGUGGAGCUGUAAUCAGAACAAGCACGCCUGGCUCGAAGAGAUGCCCUGUCCGUCUAGAUCCCGAAGACUUCCUCACACACGACGAGAAAGUUUGGGGCGAAAAAAGUAUUCCUCAGUCUCUUCCGCCUGUGGUUUGUACAAACGGAGCAUCCGCAGAGCUUGUUCAAGCCCCGAAAACCACUCCCACCGUGCCAACUUCCCCUCCCAUUCCAAAGCCAUCGCCGAGAACACCAAGUCGGGCCGGUCAGCUGGUUCGCAGGAAUGGCGAGACGCAUAUUGUUGACGAUGUCAGUAGCAUUAAGAUGGCGGAUUCAGAAAGUUUGAUAGAGAACCAAUUUUACCAGUCGAUGGACAAUAACGAUGGAGUGCAAUACACGAGCCGCUUCGAUGAUGAAGGCAUUUAUGAAGAGGUCCGACGCCCGUCGAAGCUGAUGCCACCGCCAUUGUCUUUGCCACGACCGUCACCGCUGACUUCGCCAACUAGUACAAUUACAUCAAGAUCGCCAAUUCACAGCUCUACUUGGCAUCACGCCGACUCGGAUGGAGAAACUGAAACCAUGGCAACAGAUGGACUAGACAACAUAUCGGACCUUACCUGCCUGACCGAUCUUUUGGACAAGUGCUCGGGUCGACACCUUGCCCUCCUACAAAACCGCCCAUCUGCUCUAGAGAACCUUCUCUCACAGCUUGGUUGGUGGUCCAGUACACCCAGUGCAAAGCCGAGGCAACAGCUUCGCGGAUCUGGUGACUUUGUGGCCCUGGCAGCGGGUCGGUUCGAUCCCGACGAGGACAGCCAUCGACACGAGUUCCUCUCCUUGCUCGCCAGUCCAGCAGGUCAGGGACCGAUGAUCCUUACUGAGUAUGGCUUCGAUCAAAAGCGCAUCGGUCUCGAUAGGAAUCCCAAGGAUGGCAUGCUGUACUUGCACUGCAGUAACCCCUCGUGUCCGCGGUUGGGACCCACGAGGGUGGACAAGGCGCGUUCCUGGCGAACCUGCACCAACUGUUUUACGGCGUACUGUUCAACAAGGUGUCGGGAACAGGGCACUCACGCACACAGCAGUGUCUGCACCUUCGGCAGGGCACGCCUUGUUUGCGGCCGGAUUCUGCACCAACUGGCCCCCAGUCAGCAGUCCGGCCUGACGGCUCUGGCAAAAGCUGGAACGACACGGCUUGGACGCGGAGGCAUCGUCAUCGCCUUUGCUUCGGCCCAGGACGCUGAAUACUUCCUCGCCAGAUGUGCAGCUCUCCCGCUGAAGCAGCAAAAUCAGCAAGCAGAACCCGUUGCGGCAGACCGACCCAGUCCUUCCGGUCUCCUAGCUCCACCGAUCUACCUCACCGUGGAGGAGGUGAGCAAGCUUGACUCGAAGUUGGCAGCUCCUUGCAAGAUCUACAAACCGAGUGUCAGCUACGUGCUCAUUGUGAUCGUCUGUGCCUACGACCUCGAGGUAAUGAAGUGUGGACGCGCUGUUCACCUGUACAAACAGUCCAUCAUCCUGCCUUUCCCCGGCGCCACUGCAGUUGACGCUCCUCGUUCCCAGCUGCCCCUUCUCAAGGAGACAACUAUUUCAUGGACCCAGCCUCAAACAACCAAGGAAGAGAGGGAGGCCUACUCCAAACGACUUCAGCGCACUCUCCGAGAACGUGGUGUGAGUUUGCGCAACAGUGAACCCGAGGUCUACAAACGGCUGUCUGCGUUCGUUGAGACGGGCGAGGCUUUUGAUCCAGUGGAGUUCGAUUUUCAUGAUUACUAUUCGAAUCAGGUGAUUACCUGCACAAUUGCGCCCAUGAAAGAUGCUGUGAUUCGCCAGAAGAUGAUUACGCGACCAGAUGAACGACAUCGCAACUAUCCCUACAAACAGAAUCAUAGACCCUUAAAACCGCGAAUUGGGGAAACUGAGUUGUGA